AAUUAAAGAAACAAAACCCGCUCUUUCUUUAUUCCUGGCUACAACUUGCCCUCCUCUGUUGACGCAAGCAAAAACGAUUGAUGCAACAAGCCGUCGCCCCUCUGGAUUUGAUUCGCAACCCACACAAGAAUAAGGAGCACCAGGAAAGUAAAACGCAAGAACGGUACUCGUAGUUUGAGCAUUGAGUUCUGCUCUGUUCUGAUCUGUUCUAUUGACUCUUGCCCACCAUGAGCCCGGUGCACUCUCUGCACGAUUGCGAGGAUGGCACCAUGACGGCCUGUUCCUUCUCCAACCUCACCAACACCGUUCGGAUCUCCAGACCGGAGAAACAGAUCUCUGUCCUGAGUGAUGACKGCGAAAACAGCGUCGGCUACGAUCCUCGGAGGAACGGGCAUCGACCCUCCCCCGGGAGCCACGGGAGCGGGAACCGCCAGAGCAGCCACAACAGCAGCCAUAUCUCGCAGCCGGAUGGCAAGAACGGGGAACUCAACCUGCACGAAAGCGACUCCGAGGCCUCCCGGGCGGUCAUCAUCGGGAGGGGGGUYUUUGUGGUGUUCAUCCUGGUUGUGGCGGGAGUCUUCGGAUUUAUGGCAUAUUAGUAAGUCGAGAAAGAUUCGUUCCACCGAGCAAGUACUGUGUGGACUUGUGCACGCGGCACACCUAGCGAGGCGUCGCUCGGAGACUUAGUGGAACCUUCCACAGCGUGGUAUUCUGUGGACUCACGGUUGCUUCUGCUUUGUUGCUUCUGCUUUGUUGCUUUUGCUUUGUUGCUUUCGUUCGAUCAGCGUCUUGAACGUCGCCGAAGAAAACCUGGCUGCMAAACAAUACGUGAGCUUCACGAGUGGAGCCCUCCAGAGCGUUAGGGACCUGGCGGAAAACAAGCUCGUCCACGGGACCCAGAUCAUGGCAAAGCACGUCGGAUGGACGUAUCCCAACGCAGGCGAAGACUGGCCCUUUGUGUGGGUUCCGUCCUACUGGGACAUCAUGGAAGACGUCCUUCCCACCAGCGUAUGGAGCGGGGUCAACCUUGCACCGAUCGUCCAGCCCGAGCAAGUGGCGGCCUUCGAAGAAUUCGCCUACGGAAAGUUCGACGAAAACUUCGGGGAGAAUACCACCAUGGGUGGGACCUCGCAUUUCGGAAGGGGUAUCUGGGUCCAAGAUCCUCUGCGGGUCAACACCAGUGAUCAUCGUUACCACGACACCACCGGAGUUCCUUUGUACGAGGGGAGUCCCUACAACUACCUGGCCCCGAAAAUCCAAGACGGACUCGUCCACACGCCCUACACAAUGAUGAACGUCCACGGAUUCGAGCUCCAGGGACUCUCUCUGGACGCAGUCAUGAAUUGUUCCAUAGCGCGCAAGGAAAACGCCACAAGGGAUGGCCUCUUAGGUGCAGACGACGCCCCGAGGGUCACCUCGCAGCCCCAGGGCUGCGACGACUCCGAGGGCGUCGCAUGUGCACCUAAUCCGAAGCAAUUCCGUUGCAGUGCCCUCAGCGGGAUGCUCCCCCCCAAGAACAUCAAGGAGGAACACGGGAUUGCCGGANAAACAAUACGUGAGCUUCACGAGUGGAGCCCUCCAGAGCGUUAGGGACCUGGCGGAAAACAAGCUCGUCCACGGGACCCAGAUCAUGGCAAAGCACGUCGGAUGGACGUAUCCCAACGCAGGCGAAGACUGGCCCUUUGUGUGGGUUCCGUCCUACUGGGACAUCAUGGAAGACGUCCUUCCCACCAGCGUAUGGAGCGGGGUCAACCUUGCACCGAUCGUCCAGCCCGAGCAAGUGGCGGCCUUCGAAGAAUUCGCCUACGGAAAGUUCGACGAAAACUUCGGGGAGAAUACCACCAUGGGUGGGACCUCGCAUUUCGGAAGGGGUAUCUGGGUCCAAGAUCCUCUGCGGGUCAACACCAGUGAUCAUCGUUACCACGACACCACCGGAGUUCCUUUGUACGAGGGGAGUCCCUACAACUACCUGGCCCCGAAAAUCCAAGACGGACUCGUCCACACGCCCUACACAAUGAUGAACGUCCACGGAUUCGAGCUCCAGGGACUCUCUCUGGACGCAGUCAUGAAUUGUUCCAUAGCGCGCAAGGAAAACGCCACAAGGGAUGGCCUCUUAGGUGCAGACGACGCCCCGAGGGUCACCUCGCAGCCCCAGGGCUGCGACGACUCCGAGGGCGUCGCAUGUGCACCUAAUCCGAAGCAAUUCCGUUGCAGUGCCCUCAGCGGGAUGCUCCCCCCCAAGAACAUCAAGGAGGAACACGGGAUUGCCGGAUUCAUAGCCACGCCGAUCUACCCCGCAAACGAUCCCUACGAACUCGUUGGAUUCAUCUUUGGGAUCGUGUACUGGGUCGAGGUGAUGAUCGACAUAUUUCCGAUGCACACCGUUGGCAUCGAUUGCGUCUUCGAGGAUCCGGACUACCAAUACACCUACACCAUUCGAAACAACACAUCGACACUCAUCUGUGAGGGUGACUGCCACGACGAAACCUACAAUUCCUACCGGAUGAGCACAAAAAUUGUGGAUUCCAACCUGUUGAGCGAAGGCUCCGUGGUCUACACAAUGACCUGUUAUCCCAAUGACGAGUUUUUCCAAGCCUACCACACGAAUAAUCCCAUCACGGCGUCCAUUGGAGCCAUCCUGAUCAUCAUGCUGACCUCUGUGUUGUUCUUUCUCUACGACUACUUUGUUCGGCAAGAGUUUUCGGCAAAGAAGGACCUCUUCGAAGCCAAGCGCAAGUUUGUUCGGUUUGUUUCUCACGAAGGUAAGCAAGUUGUAAUGCUAGUUGUAUGCGAUGCCACGGCACAGGAUUCGGUUUCGAUCGGUUGCUCACCAACUUCUUGGUUUCUCCAUUGCCUUUUCCUGUUCUUCACUUCCUAUAGUCCGAACACCGAUGAAUUCUGUCUGUAUGGGAUUGAACGUCCUCCAAGAAGAAGCCGCGAUUGCGCUGGGAUAUGAAACCCCGGACGGCAUCCGAAAGACCAAAACCACCGAUGGUAUUCAGAACCAGCCCCACCUUGGUCGCCAACAAAUUGAGCACUGGUUUGAUCUCGCCAACGAGAUUUCCGUCAACGCACAGGCCUCGGUAGAAGUCCUCGAUGAUUUUCUCAACUACGACAAGAUCGCUUCGGGGGAACUAUCCCUGGAGUACACCAUCGUGCCCGCCUGGAACCUGAUCGAAGACACCGUUGCAGAAUUCAAGCUGCCCAUGACAAAGAAAAACAUCACCCUGCAUUUUAUGCUGCCAACCGCUAACGACUUUCAGAAGACGGUGGCGGAGAACCGCAAAAAGGAAAGAAACAAUUCCAUUAUGUCUCAAGGUUCGUCCGAACGAUGGUCCUUGAGAAGCGGAAUAGACGGGAGCGACAGAACCCGUCCACUGGACAACCGAGGCCAUGAAUCGACGAAGAACUUAGAUGACCUCGAGGCCGGAUGUGGUGGCACGGACGAUUGGUAUUCCCAGGUCCAAAACAUGAAACUCAUCGGUGAUUCGAUCCGAAUCACCCAGGUUAUCCGCAACCUGGUCAGUAAUGCCAUAAAGUUUUCAAGAGAAGGAGGCGACAUCCGGAUUUCUACAAAAUUUCAGGCGGUGGAGAAAGUCAAGAAGCCAAAGACCUUUGAACUGAAAAGCGAAGAAACCCUUACCUGCAGCCAAACGGGCGAUCUCGUGUUUACCAUUACGGAUACCGGAGCAGGAUUGACACAAUCUCAACUGAAGAAUCUGUUCAAAGCUGGGGUUCAAUUUGAUGUCAACAAUUUGCAAGCCGGAAAGGGUUCGGGCCUUGGAUUGUACAUAUCGAAGGGAAUCAUCGAGCAACACGGAGGCAAACUCUCUGCGAAUUCGAAGGGGCUUGGUUCUGGUACAACAUUUACCGUGGCACUCCCUAUCUUUAAUGUGCCAGAAAAAGUUUGGUACACGCAGCAGCUGAUGCGAAAGAAUUCAAGACGGUCUACUAGGUUUUCGAUAGACAGCUCCCUCAAAACGGCGAAGACUGCCGCAUGUUCCGUCACGGUACUCGGCGGGGACGACGAGGGUCGCCUGAACAUAGAGGAGAAAGAGAACACCGAUGGCAAACACUCGGAAGACGAAGUACUUUCCGAGGACGAAUCCUUGUCGGAGCUCAAGAUUUUGUUGGUUGACGACUCAAAGAGUAACCGCAAACUCUUGGACCGAUUGCUGACCAUGCGUGGGCACAAAUGCGAGCACGCCGAGGAUGGACACAUCGGUGUGGAAAUGACAUUGAGGGCAGAGGGAUUUGCUCAACCCUACGAUAUUGUCUUGAUGGACUACGAGAUGCCAACACUGAAUGGACCGGCAGCCGUGAAGGAGAUUCGUGAUUACGGAUGUGAUGUUUUUAUAGUCGGGGUCACCGGCAACAUCAUGGCCGAAGACGUGAAGUACUUCAAGGACUGUGGGGCCAACCUUGUGUUGCCGAAACCCUUCAAGGUAAAGGAGUUCCAGGCUCUUAUCCAAGAGAACCUUGAACACGACAGCCGAGGAAGAAUUGUGGAGAAGAUACCCGGAGGACUCGAAUUCAUCACACUUGGACUCUCCCAGCGAUGCGAUGGCAACAUGAGUUGCUCAAGCACGCUCGGGUGGAACGAAUCAUCCUCGCAUUUCGACACUUCCUUAAAAAGCAUUUCUAGCGUUUUGGAUCGUGAGGAGUCGGGAAAGGUCAGCUUUUCUCUCCCGCCAACAGAAACCCAGUAAGGUGGUUCACAGAACGUCAUGCAGUUCGGAAACUUUGAAUAUUAUCCACCAGCGGCUUCAAAAGGGAUGUCAGGAACAACACUAAUUUUUGAAAAUUUUGAAAUCGCUACCUAGCGAAUUUUUGUCACAAACGCAAGCAACAGAAAAUUAUAUAACAAUGAAAUCUUUACAUUAUC